CCCCUCCCUCUCUAGAGCCUACGUCUCGCUAUUCAUGCGCCACCUGUGCGAGCCGGGCGCCGAUGGGGCCGAGACCUUUGCCGAUGGAGUCCCGCGAGAGGGCCUCUCCCGACAGCACGUCCUGACCCGCAUCGGGGUCAUGUCGCUGAUCCGCAAGAAGGUACAGGAGUUUGACCACAUCAACGGCCAGUGGAGCAUGCCUGAGCUCGCACAGGAGGCACUGGACAGCAAGAAAUCCUCGCGAUCAAGCUCGCCGGUUUCGAAAACGCCGACUGUCUCCACACCCGGCGAGACGCAGCCCAACACGCCGGCAGCAGAGGAGACAACUAAAUCUCAGGGGUCGGAGGUGGAAGGUGAUGUGAAGGACCAAAGCAGCAAAAAUGGGCAACCAGAGGAGGAGGUCUUGCCCCUCGCUGAGUCUGAGAAGGGCCCGGAGAAGCCUCUGGAAGAGGCCAAAGACGACGAUGUGGUGGAGGUAAAGGAGAAUCAGGCUGAGCCUGUCGACGUGGAAAUGAAAGCUGUGGACGAUCCUGCACCAGAGCAACUCCCCCAGAAAGUGGAGAAUUCCCUCGGACCCGAACCCAAACCAGAGCCCAAGAAGGAGGAAGAGGAGACGGCCGAGGUCAAAGUUCAGAACGGGGAGGCCGUGGUGGUCAAGGAGACGACCGACUGCGCCCCCAAGAAGCCGGAGAAGGUGGAGAAGCAACGGUUCAUGUUCAACAUCGCCGACGGAGGCUUCACGGAGCUCCACUCUCUCUGGCAGAACGAGGAGCGAGCGGCCACGGUGACCGGAAAGACGUUCGAGAUCUGGCAUCGGCGGCACGACUUCUGGCUGCUCAUGGGCAUCGUGACACAUGGGUACGCCCGGUGGCAAGAUAUCCAGAACGACCCUCACUACGCCAUCCUGAACGAGCCCUUCAAGGGGGAGAUGAACCGAGGGAACUUCCUUGAGAUUAAGAACAAGUUCCUGGCGAGGAGGUUCAAGUUGUUGGAACAAGCCCUGGUGAUCGAGGAGCAGUUGAGACGUGCGGCUUACCUGAACAUGUCCGAGGACCCAACCCACCCCUCCAUGGCCCUCAACACCCGAUUCGCUGAGGUGGAGUGCCUUGCCGAGAGCCACCAGCACCUCUCCAAGGAGUCGCUGGCCGGCAACAAGCCCGCCAACGCGGUCCUGCACAAAG